CACCUCCCUCCUCCGUGCACGCGCUUUCCGCGCCCCCGCGUUCAGCCUCAACAUGCACAUCAACACCAACAUGAACGUGUUCAGCAACAAAGAACCGCUUAGCGAGUGUAAUUAACAAACAAACAGCACCAUAUAAGGAAUAAACUCUAAUCUUUCGUUCACAGCUGAGAAACAAAGCAAGAGAGAGACGGUCGGAGUGUGUGGAAUGGCAGGAGGAAGAAGAGGAGCGAGCCGGACGACGUACUGUCGUUCUCCGCUGGGCAACGAGACAGGAUAUGUGAACAAUGCCAACCACUCCACCAGCUCAUCUGUGACAGGGGUGAGGUCACGGACCAGGAACAGUUCAGGAACGGGGAUUGCCAGCCCCCCUCUCGCUCCACAGACGGUGGUCCCGCUGAAGCACUGCAAGAUCCCUGAACUAUCGGUGGACCGCAAUGUGAUGUUUGAGCUGCACCUUCUCUUCUGCCACCUCGUCGCACUCUUUGUGCACUAUGUCAACAUCUACAAGACGGUGUGGUGGUACCCGCCCUCACACCCACCAUCACACACAUCACUGAAUUUCCACCUGAUUGACUAUAACAUGUUGGUUUUCACCAUCAUCGUGUUGUCACGCCGGCUCAUCGCGGCCAUCGUUAAAGAGGCAUCUCAGAGUGGGAAGUUUCCUCACUCCGUCUUCCUGGUUACAGCUCGCUUUGCUGUUUUGACGCUCACCGGCUGGACUCUAUGUCGUUCGCUCAUCCACCUCUUCAGGACAUAUUCUGUGCUCAGCCUCCUGUUCCUCUGCUACCCUUUCGGGAUGUAUAUCCCCAUCCUGAGAACGAGCAGUGAUGUGCGUCUCACCCCCAUCGCCUCUGUCGGCUCCAGAGACGCGGGGGCGGGUGUGGGCGUGUCUGUGGGGCGGGACUACUUUUCUGUUCUAAAGGAGACGUGGAAGCAGCACACAAGCCAGUUGUACAGCAUCCAGCCCAUGCCCACACACGCCUGCUGCCUCUCCCCUGACCUCAUUCGCAAAGAGGUCGAGUUUCUCAAGAUGGACUUCAACAAGAGGAUGAAGGAGGUGCUGGUCAGCUCCAUGCUCAGCGCGUACUACGUCGCCUUCGUGCCCGUCUGGUUCGUCAAGAGCACGCAGUAUGUGGAUAAGCGCUGGUCAUGUGAGCUCUUCAUCCUCGUGUUCGUAAGCACCUCGGUGAUCCUGAUGCGCCACCUGCUGCCCCCCCGCUACUGCGAUCUGCUGCACAAAGCCGCCGCCCACCUGGGCUGCUGGCACAAAGUGGACCCCUCACUGUGCUCCAAUGCCCUGCAGCACACGUGGACAGAAGAGUUCAUGUGGCCACAGGGGGUGUUGGUGAAACACAAUAAAAACGUGUAUAAGGCCAUGGGCCAUUAUAACGUAGCAGUGCCUUCAGAAGUCUCACAUUAUCGCUUCUAUUUUUUCUUCAACAGGCCUCUUCGAAUAUUAAACAUCCUCAUCAUCUUGGAAGGAGCGAUGAUCUUCUACCAGCUCUACUCGCUGAUAUGUUCGGAAAAAUGGUACCAGACGAUAUCGUUAGCGCUGAUCCUCUUCAGUAACUAUUACGCCUUCUUCAAGCUGCUCAGAGACAGAAUCGUGUUGGGGAAAGCGUACUCGUACUCCACCACGUCAGACCACAAGGUCAGCUAGACGCUCGGACCUUCCUGCACAGCCCGGUGUCGGAGAACGGAAUAAAAAAAAAAAGCAUGCACCAGAGCUUUUUAUUUUUUCUAGAACUUUUUUUUUCUCACUCUGUUUAUGUCCUGAAGCUGCCGUCGAUUAAAAAAAGAAAAUAUUUUUGUAUUUUU